AUGAAAUUUGAAAACAUAAAAUACUCAGCACUAAAUACAAAAGCAAAUCAAACUAAGAAGGAAAAAGGUAACCACCUUUUAAACAAAAAGAAUAUCAAUUAACAACUUUCUUUAAUUUAAGAAUUCUCAAAUCAAAUAAUUCUUAAUAGGAUAAAAUUAAUUUCAAAUAAUAUGAUAAAGAUCUUCUCUACUAAUUCUACAAAAGUAUGGAAUUGA